GAGCAUCGGGAGCAUCGGGAGCCCCGCGGCACCGGAGGCAUCGGGGCAGCACGAGCACUGGGGGCACCGGGAGCACCGGAGGCACCGAGCCGCCGCCGCCGCUGGAGGGGGGGGGCCGGGGCACCGCGGGCGGCACCGGGAGCAGCGGCCCGGCCCGCAGGGGCUUUGCCCCCGCCCGGGGACCCGGGUCUGCCCCGGGGGGGAGUCCGGGCCCCACCCGCCCCUGGUUUGGGCUGCCCCGGUGGUCUCGCCCGUGCUGACUUCGGGGUGUCCCCGGUGCCGGCCCCAUCCCGGUGUUGGGGAGCGGUGGGGGGGCACACGGGCGGCCCGGUGCGGGGAGCCCCACGGGCUGGACGGGCUCAGUGCUGCCCUCGGACCCCGCGCAUCGCGCGAAGCCCCGGAGCAGGCGGUGAGAAACGUGCCGCGAUAAACGGGAGCAGCCGGUAACGGAGACCGUCGGAGCCCCGCGGCCGCGCGGAGCAGGGCCAGACCCGCGCGAGCGGUCCGAGACGCUCCCGUCGCCCUUCAAAACUAGCUCCGGGGCAGAAAAAUAAUAAUAAUUGUAUCGCCUGGUGUCGCCAGGCGUGAGCCGUGGGCCCCCAUGCAUGCACCCCCCAUGCAUGCACCCCCCAUGCAUGCACCCCCCCAUGCAUGCACACCCAUGCACGCACACCCAUGCAUGCACCCCCCAAUGCAUGCACCCCCCAUGCAUGCACCCCCAUGCAUGCACCCCCCAAUGCAUGCACACCCCAAUGCAUGCACACCCAUGCAUGCACCCCCCCCAAUGCAUGCACCCCCCAUGCAUGCAUGCACCCCGCGCGUGCGGGGCGGGCUGCAGCGGGGCGCCAGGCGCAGCCCCCGGGCCAUGCUUCGCGCCAGCGCUUCGCUCUCCUCCUCCUCCUCCUGCUGCCGCUGCCGCCGGCAGGACGCUGUUCUCAACGCCUGUUACCGGGGCUGCCGGCUGUUCUCCAUCUGUCGCUUCGUGGCCGCCAGCGCCGAGCUGAACGCGACCAGAGCCGAGUGCGAAGCAGCCUGUGCCGAAGCCUACGGCCGAGCCGAGGAGCAGCUCGGCUGCGUGACCGGCUGCCGCAAGCAGCCGCCCCCGGCGGAGCCCCGGCCGGAGCAGAGGCCGGAGCCGCCGCCGUUCUCCGUCUUCGACCUGGUCUCCACCUUCUGCACCGGCAUCGUCAGCUCCGCGCAGAGCUUCAUCUCCUCCACCCGGACCUUCUCCCUGCAGGCGGACGACGGCAGGGUGGUCGUGUUCCAGUCCCAGCCGGAGCUGGAGGACCCCGAGCCGGAGGCGCCGGCGGAGCGGACGGAGCGGACGUGGCCGGGCUCCGGCCCCCAUGCAGGCCCCCGGGAGACGGAGCCGGAGCCGCCCAACCGGGACCCCCGGGGCGCCGCGGCCCCCCCGCCGCCGGAGCACGACUUCCUCGGCUGCGUGUCCAAGCGCUCGGGCCUUCCUCGCUGGAUCCUGGCCGCCUGCCUCUUCCUCUCCGUGGUGGUGAUGCUGUGGCUGAGCUGCGCCAGCCUGGUGACCGCCCCCGAGCAGCACGUCAGGACCCAGCCGCUGAGCAUCAACGGGGACAAGGAGCACCCGGGGGAGCCGGCCGGCCCCGGCGCCUUCGCCCCGCCGCCCGUCCUCGCCGGCAGCCGGGCCGCCGGGCCGCUGCCCCUCAAGGUCCCCCUGGACCAGACGGUCCUGUAGCGCUGCCGCCCCGUCCCCGCGCCACCCUCGUGCCAGCCCCCCGGCACCGUCGCUGCCCCACGCCGGACCCCUCCGGGGGCAGCUCCGUCCCCUCCGGCUGUGCACGCCGUGGGGCUCCGCUUCCCCGGGUCCGAUGCCGGGGGG